UUUGUGAAGCCGUCACAGAGAGCACCGGAUGGAUUGUUUCGCCGCGAUCCGUAAGUUUAUGGGAAGCUUGGACCAUGGAUCGGUGCGUCAUGGCUCAAGUCCAAAUGGUUUUGUUAGUCCUUAACUAAAAACUGGGACUGUGUCCGAACCUUGCAACUUCAUCAACAAAUCCCUCCAGCAUAUCAUUAUCACCCAUAGAUCGGCCCCCAGCUCGAGAAAUGUGCUCAAUCGAGGAGUGAAUGCGAUUCUAAGCGCGAGCCGACACUCAUCCGCGCCUCCGAAGCUCUCCCACCAUCACGAUGCCUCUCUUCGACGCACGCGACGUCCUCUCCUUCCCCGGCGGGAACAACGCCAGCGACACCGUCAUCGCGGGUAUAAACUUCAAUCUCACAACUCUCCAGCACUGGAACUACACCCUCUACUCUAACGGCACGCUCUCGAAUAAUUCGAACUGCUUCCUGACCUUCGAGUCAUACACCCCCCACCUCCUCCCCAACGGCACAUUCCUCAACACAACAUCAUGCUAUAGCCCCUUGAACGGACUCGGGAACCGUGCGAAGCCCGGUAUUGCUCUAGGCGUUUUCUUUGGUCUCAGCCUUGUCUUCACAAUGAUCAACCUGCGCAAGCACGGCAGGCUCUUCCUGCCAUCUGAGAAGAGGUUCCACGCCAUCGGACGCCGCUGGCAAUGGUACUGGAUGCUCUGGGUGGCAGGGUGUGGGAUGGCCAGCGGCUUCACCAGCGUCGAUGUCGACCGCUACUACCUCCCCGAGUGGCCGCUAAUCCUCAACUCCAUAUUCUGGUACCUGAUGAUUCCCAGCACACUGGCCAUCGUGUGGGAAAGCGUGCGCCACUGGGGCAGUUGGCAAGAGCGCCAACUCAUCGACCCAGACCCCUUCAUACUAAGCCAAAACGAUAAAAGAGGCCGGAGGGAAUUCUAUAUGCCCCUCGUCUUCUACGGCUUCGGUUUCCUCCACUUCUUCAUGGCCGUCCCCCGCAACUGGACACCAAUCUCCUACCAACGCUCGCCCUCCCAAUCCCUCCAAGUUGCCGCCCCCCAAGCCACAGACGGCCGCUUCAAAGCCGGCGCCAUCUUCCUCUUCUUCGCGUGGCUCACGAUCCUCUUCUCCCUCGCCCACUCCAUGCACUACUACACCCCCCGCCCCUCCCUCCUGCGCACCCUCGCCUCCACCCCACCGGCUUUCCUCCUCACCCUCCCGCUCUCUCUCACGAUCGUAGCGUACCAAUUCCUCGCCGCUUUCUCGUUUGCGCAUAGCCCGCUCAACCUCUCCGCUUCCCCGGCGAUAAUUUAUUCCUUGGGCUGGGCGCCAAUCGUGCUUAUCUUCAUCAUCUACGAGGUGGCUGGGUACACGUACCCCAACGAGGACCGCGAGCUGAUCCGCCAGCGCCGCCUCCGCGGCCAGGAACUCGAUAGGGAGAUGGGGUAUAACCGCAAACCACCCUGGUGGCGCCGUCUCAACGGUAACCACAACCUGACUGUCCAGCAAGCCCUAGCGAGGAACGCGCAGGAAGUCAGCGGUGCCCCAAGGGCCGCAGAUUGGUCAGCAAAGGACGACGUAGAAAUGUCCCCCCUCCCCUCAAAACGCAAUGCCGAACGCGAGGUGCGGAUUGACAACACCCCCGCUGGCCGCGCCUUAGCGCGCCACGAGAGUCGCAGGGAGGCAGAGCUGGAUGAGCGGGUGCGAGAGGCUGCUAUGGCACUAUUCACGCCGCCUGUAGAGAGGAAGAAGACGGAUAUUGCGUAUUUGAUGGGGGAUGAUAUGGAUGGGAGGGGGGGGCCGGGGGCGGGGACGGGGGUGGCGUGGGAUGAGUGUGGAAGGAGUGGGAGUACGGGGAGUGUGGCGUCGGGGACGACGAUUGUGGGGGGCGAAGCCGCAGGUUGUUAG